UGGGGGGGUCCGAAUCGGGAGAGGGGGGAGGAGGUGGUGGUGGUGGUGGAGGAGGAAGAGGAGGAGGAGGAGGAGGAGGAGGAGGCGAUUCGGCGCACCGCUGGCUCGGAUUCAUCCAUGCCAUGUACAUGGCUGGGUGUCUGGUGGCGCCGUUCGGGGCGGCCAGUAUUGCUGCGACGGCCGCAGAGGCGCGUGAGGGGAGCAGCAGCAAGUGGUGGUUGUUUUAUACCGUGCCGCUUGGCCUGGGCGUGAUGAAUCUGGGGCUGGUCCUGGUCGCGUUCCGGGAUAUGCUAGGGUUUGCGGGAGGCAAGAGAAGGACAGCGCAGGCGGUUAACGCGGGCGAGGAGGAAGGGAGAAGGAGCGCUUCGGGCCUGAUCCGGGAUGCGCUCCGGAAGCGGAGUGUCUGGCUGCUGAGCAUGUUCUUCUUCUUCUACCUCGGGGUUGUGGUCACAGCAGGCGGAUGGGUGGUGGAGUAUCUCGUGGAUGUCCGAAACGGGGACAUUGCGCAGAUGGGCUACGUGCCGGCUGGGUUUAGCGGCGGGUGCUUGUUGGGGCGGAUCCUGCUGCCUGAGCCGACGCACAGGUUUGGGGAGAAGAAGAUGGUGUCGCUGUAUUGCGUGCUCUGUCUUGGCUUCCAGCUGCUCUUCUGGCUGGUGCCCAGCAUCAUUGCCGCAUCCGUUGCGAUCAGCUUGCUGGGCUUCUUUUCAGGGCCGCUUUUUGCGACGGCCGUCUCGGUCGGCACCCGACUGUUCCCGGCCGAGAUCAGUGCAACCGCCAUAUCAUUUGUGUUCGUAUUUGCUCAGAUGGGCGGGUCUCUCUUCCCCAUUGUGACAGGCGUGCUGGGCGCAAAGGCGGGCGUCUCGGUGAUGCAACCGAUUCUCGUGGGUUUGAUCGCCGCCAUGACCAUCAGCUGGCUGUUGGUCCCGCAACCCAAAGGGAAGAUGAAGUGACAAGGCGGCU